AUGGAGGGUUCCAAGUGGGGCCAUGGGGAUUUGCGUCUGCUUUUUGUAGAUCGUGCAUUGUCAUGUGAGUUACACUGUGAAUUGUCAGCAAUCUACUGUGCCACGUAUAAUGUAGUGAUCAUAUCACUGUAUAGAUCACCGUCGGGAGACUUUGACAUAUUUUCUGACACCCUUACUUCGAUGCUACAGUCUUUAAAUCACACUACGGGUAUUAUAAUAGCAGGGGAUUUCAAUGUAAACUUUAACACUCAAGACCCUACUGCAUUGUUCAUCACAAACUUGCUAGCAACUUAUGGGUUUGUGCAAACAGUUAAAGAACCUACUAGACUCUUGAACUGCUUGGACAACAUUUUUAUCAAUUUUUCUACCAAUGACUUCUACACAACUAUAAUGAACACUAGACUAUCUGAUCAUCAGGGACAAAUGUUAACAGUGAGUAGAGACAGUAAAGUGCGUGAUACCCAACUAGAGUCAAAAUGUUAUAGACCUAUUACUAAAAGGGGUAAUAAUUCCCUGUUUAACAUGUUGAGUAAUUUUAGUUGGCAUUAUCUAGCUGAUAUUAACUUAGAUGUAAAAGCUAAAUUUAAUAUUUUUCACGGCAACUUUCUUGAUGCGUUUUCAAUUGCAUUUCCGAAACGAAAGCUGUCGACCAGAAAGCGUGACUCGGGAAUUAAAUGGUUCACUAAAGAAAUUAAGUUGCUGAGAGACAGGUUUCACUUUUUUACUGACUUUUACAACCAGUAUAAAACGGAAUCACUGAAACGCAUACGAAAUACUUGUCGUGCGCAGUAUAGAAAUGCUAUUAAGAAUGCGAAAAUUAAUGCUUGUGAUAAGGUAAUUCGUAAUUCUGCAAACCCAUGCAAAAUGAUGUGGACUAUGAUUAAUAAUCAGAGAAACAACGUUAAAACGACCAACUCCCUAAACAUGAGAGCUGAUCAAAUUAACAAACAUUUUAUAAGCGUCGUGGAGGACAAAGUGAAACAGCCACUAGCAUCCGCUGUUGAUUCUCUUGCUAUCGCUAGUGUCAAAUUUAGUGACGUUCACUUUCAAAUAAAGGAAGUAACUCCAUGUAAAGUAAGAGACGUGAUCAAGUCGUUAAAGAGAAGUAACACUAAAGAUAUUUAUGGAAUCUCAUCCUGUAUUAUCAAGUAUAGUAUUGAUCAACUAGUUCUGCCCUUAACGAAAUUGGUCAAUCUUACACUACUCUCCGGAUAUUUUCCUGAUGAGCUGAAAGUAGCACAGGUCAUUCCAUUGUUUAAAUCGGGAGAUUCAAAAGAUAUAAAGAAUUAUCGACCAAUAUCAAUACUCCCUACGUUCUCAAAAAUAUACGAAAAAAUAAUCUACAAUCAAAUUGCCGAUUAUUUUGAAUCAAAUAAUCUCUUACAUCAGAAUCAGUAUGGAUUCAGGAGUCAAAGAAACACGAUUAGUGCACUCUCUAAAUUUGUAAAUAGUACUCUAACCUGCUUCGAACAUGGUCAAUAUUCUCUAGCACUGUUUUUAGACCUAUCGAAAGCCUUCGAUAGCGUCUCUCAUAAAAUAUUGCUAAGUAAAUUAGAAAUUAUGUACAAGUUUGACACGAAUAGCCUAAAGUUAAUUCAUUCGUAUUUGUCUGGCAGAUUUCAGCAUGUGGUGUACGAUGGAGUGGUGUCUGACAAAUUACCUAUUAAGAGAGGGGUACCACAGGGAUCAAUUUUAGGUCCCUUAUUAUUUUUAAUAUAUUUUAACGAUUUUGUGCAGUACAUGCAACCGCACGCUGAUUGCAUUCUGUAUGCAGAUGACUCCACUUUAACUGUACAGCGCGGCACUUUAGAAGAAACUUUAGUUUUAAAAGACAAAUUAAUUUCGAUUGCUUCUGAAUGGUGCACAACCAACGAAUUAAUAUUAAACACAAAUAAAACUGAAAAACUGCUCCAAACGUUAAAAACACAUUCUUUUGAAAAUCCCCAGUCGGUAAAAUUUCUAGGGGUGUAUGUGGACGGAACUUUAAACUUUUCAAUGCACGCAAGGUAUAUUUGUAAAAAAAUAAGCAGCAAUAUUUACGUACUACGACGUCUUAGUAACAGUUUAUCAAAAUAA